AGGAAAGAUGACCGGACAUUACACGCAAGUGGUGUGGGCUGAUAGCAAAUCUGUAGGAUGUGACUUCAUCUACUUCUACGAUGUUGAUCAACCGCAAUAUCCGUACGCUAAAUUGUACACUUGCAACUAUGGACCAGGUGGUAACGUCGGAGGACAAGUGCCGUAUGAGACCGGGACUUCUGGAUGCGAAGAUCUUUGCUGAUUUUACCAUAAUUCAUUGUAAAACUAUAAUCAUUUAAAUCAAUAAAUUACAACAAUUAAUUUAAAA